AUGCAACCACGCUCUCAGGAAGGGACAAGUGAUAACGAAGGCAUGUUGCGACAUGAUCAAGGUGGUACUUUUCGGAUUUCAAACCCUGUUGUGGAAGAGGUCGAUGAGUACGAGCAUCAGCAAGAUUUGACAGAUCAAGCUCUUCGGAAGCUAUCGAUGUUGGGAAUGGCGACUUUUGAAAAUGAUGAAGAUAGUUAUGAUGCAGAAAAGGAAAAAGUAGAUAACAGUGGUGAUAAAGUAAGUGGAUUAGACCAAGAGAAGGCCAAGGUAUUUACUAGUGCAGGCAAUAACACGACAUGUUAUCCUGUCACUCAGAAUCAGAAUCAUUCAGAACAAAUCGAUAAAAUUAAGACUCAAGACCAACAGAUGCUUUUUUCACAAAAUAAAGAUACCAGUCGUCCCAGCCCGUAUCUUAACGAAGAUAACAAUGACGAAAAUGACUUUCAUACUGCGAAUUCCCGACUCCGUAAAAGCUCUGAUAGCGCCACCAAUACCACCGCUACCUUUGAUGAUAAAUUGAAUCCUAGCUUCGUUAGUUUGACUCAUCAGUUUGCUAGGCACAGGCGUGCCACAGAUAAUAGUCAAGAGUAUAUUGAAAGAAACGAGGAGGACGAUAAAAUCAGCGUUUCUAAUCCUCAAAGCGGUGAUAGUGGAGUGUCUGUCUUGAAUGAGGAGGUCGAUGUUACAAGAUCAAAGAACUACGUGUCCUACAUUGAAUCAUCGGAACUAAUUCCAUCAGGCAAUACUAAUGGUGAUGGAAGUACUUGUAGUGGGGAUUAUAAUGAUAUUAGGUUUGAAGGUAGUGGGAGGUUCCGCCAACUAAAAGUAAUAGGAGAGGGUGUGCCAUAUGCAAACCUACGACAAGAACAAAAUCAGGAACGACAAGUAGAUAUGGGUGAAAAUAACAUGCAAAAAGAAAAGUACCCAAAUCAUCAACCGGUAUCUCAACACCAAACACAGCAGCCGAAGCAAAAGCAGCUAACAGAAGAAACACAGCAAAUUCAGGAUCAUAAAAUGCGUCAACAGCAACAACAAGAUGAACAACAUAAACAACAGACACAACAAAUACACCGACAGACACAGCAAAUACAACAGCAGACGCAGCAAAUACAACAGCAGCAACAAAAACUAUUACAGCAGCAAAAAGAACAACAGAUACAGCAACAGCAAAAAGAACAACAGCUACGGAAACUUCAGGCACAACAGCAACAGCAACGUCAUCAUGUUCAUCAACAUCACCAUCAUCAUCACGCCCAGCAUGCGCAUCAUAAACCAAAUACUGUGGAUCCUAAUUCUGUUAAUAUUUUUUCAAAUCAAGAAAUUAUUAAUGAUAAACUCAAACUCAAACAGCAUCAUCAACAACAGCAACUUCUAAGUGGAACUCUGGUGCCGCCGCAAGAUAACAAAUCUGAUCGUGAAGAUCGUCGCUCAUCGAAUGCUAGUUUGUUACAACAUCAAGGCCCGCCAAGUAUCAAUCAGUCAGUAUCCGUGAAUGCUGUCAAGAUGAAUACCAGCAUCUCUGAUACCACUUUAGGAUCUGGGGGCUCUAUUUCCAACUCGACUUCAGCCACCCAAUCGAGCACCUGUUUGGUCAACCACUCCAGUGAUAGUCUUGCGUUAGUCAAUGCCGAAGAUGACUUACCCGAAGGAAUUUCUCGUCCUCUUUACGUACCGGCAGUCAUUCGUAAAACUGAGGAAACAAUCAACUUGCAAGAGUAUUAUAUUAAUAUGAAAGAAAAACAGCGGAAGUUGCAGCAGCAGCAACUACUACGCCAACAGCAACUACAAGCCCAGCAACAGCAGCAACAACAGCAGCAACAACUCCAGCAGCAGCAACACCAGCAGCAACAGUCACAUGGUGAUCAUUCGCCGAUAGUUCCAGGUAUGGCUAGCGGUAUUAUUAUGAAGUUGAAGAAGAAGACAUCGGGAUCUAGUUCUCAGCCAAGCUCUUUAUCGUCUACCUCACCGAUUAAUGUCGGAUUACAUUAUUCUACUCUUGGAGGCAUUGAUCAUCAUGGACGUGAUAUCGGUAAUCGUGUUCUGACAAACUAUUUGUCGACUGGUGGCAAUUCUGGCGCGAAUUCUAUAGCACAGAGUCCGGUUGAUGCGGCUCCGGGAAAGGUAGCUGAAGCAUUUGAUGCAGUAAAUGGCUUAACCACUACUGGUGGUGUUGAUGGAUUGCAGAGUAACAAUAAUCAAAAUGGGGCGUCUAAUUUGGCAUCGUCAGGAACUUUGAAGCGGUUUUCAGGACAAGCACCAUUAAUGCAACGAAACUUGACCAAUGGCUCAGUCACCAGUUCUAAUGCUUCGCUCAAACUGCAACGGCAGAGUGCUUCACCAAUGAGCAAUGGCAAUGGUUCACAUGGUAAUCUUGUGCAAUUGGUGGCCACCACUUUUAGUCAUGCCAAUAGGGAGCAAGUUUCCACUGCCAAUUGGAAACCAGAUGGUUCUACGAGAAGUUGUUUUGGAUGUACCCGGGAAUUUAAUUUGUUGGUACGUAAACAUCAUUGUCGGAAAUGUGGGGAGAUUUUCUGUGACCAGUGUUUGAUGCAUAAAGUGAAGUUGGAUUACGAUUUAAAUUUCAAAGUUUUUGGACUGAACGAGUCUAUGAACCGGGUGAAGAUGGGUCAAUUGAUGAACGAAGGGGUUGGUUGGGAGGUGAAGGCGUGUGAUAGAUGUUUCAAGAAGUAUCAAUUAUUCUUACAGGAGAAGUUCAACGAGAUGACCAAUCAAGGGGAAGGUGUUGUUGAGUCGUCAGGUUUGAAGGGUAUUAUUUCCCAAGACCAAUUGGAAAUAAGAAAGAAGGACCCUGAUGCCGAAGGAGAUGACGAUGGGUAUGAUUGGAGUACGUUUUAA